AUGGAAUCUAAAAUCUCUGAUUUGAAUGUCCUAAUCCUUGGUGCUUCCGGUCAUCUUGGUUGCCAAAUAGUCAAAAACUUGUGCGAAAAUCAUCAAAAAGAUGUUAAAUGCUCCUUGUUAGUUCCAUCCGAAAGUCGUGACAAAUUGAACGUAUGGGAGAAGAAGCUUAAUGGAAAGAUUUUCUGUUUCGAUGUCUUGAAAGAUUCAUGUGAAGAUUUCGUUAAUAUUCUCAAAGAUUUCACUUUGGUGUUGAAUUGUAUGAACUUUUUCGAUCAUGAAGAAGAAUUGAAAGCUGAAACUCGUGUCAUUGAAUCAUGUAUCAAGGCCAACGUCAAGUAUUACAUUCCAUCUGACUUUAGUAUUGAUUUUACUAAACUUGAUAAUACAGAAAUGUUGCCUAGAAUUGAUGUAAGAAAGAAGGUUCACGCACUCUUGAAUCAGAAUACUCAAUUGAAAUGGAUUUCCAUCUUGUGUGGUAUCUUUAUUGAAAAGUUGCUCCAAGUUUCCUUCAUUGUCGAUACUAAGAAACAUGCUUUGAAUUUCUAUGGAACUGGUGAUGAAGAAUUUGAAAUUUCCAAUUAUGAAGAUGUUGCAAAAUUCGUUUCAGAACUUAUUGCUAGAAAGGAAUUCACCAAAUUCGAAUAUCAAUUCGUCCCAAUUUAUUCUGACAGAAUUACCAUGAACAAAUUUGGUGGAUGGUUGAAAGAUGUUUGGGGAGGAAAUGUCAAGUUGAAUUGUUUGGGUCGUUCCAUCUCUGAUUUGGAUAAGAAAUUGAGAGAAUGUGAAAAAUCAGAUAAGGAACUUUACUAUUAUUUACAAUAUAUGAAGGUCAUUGUUUUGAACAAGACAAAGAUUGAUAAGAUUGAUAAUCAAGUUUGGCCAACCAUUUCAAAGGUUGGAGCUAGACAAUGUCUUGGUCAAUUGACUGAAACUGGAACUGCCAUUUAA